CACACUCCCAACGUCCCAUCCCUCAUUUGAGACCCGUGGGAAUAAAAGGGGUGAGAGUGGGUGUUUGAGGAAGGAAGGACUAAAACUUGUCGAAAGGAGAAGGCACCGGAGGUAGGAGGCUGAAACCCACGCUCGCCGGAGAAACUUGAGCUCUAGAUCCACGGGUGUUCGGCGGUCGACUUCGGAUGGAUACAAACCGAAGAGGGAAGUCGAACGAAGGGAGAACGCCAAGUUGCUAUGUGUUUUCGGGAGGACGAUCCACGAGAUUUGAGGAGGAUUGUGGGCGUCGGAAACGAAUCAGAGGGCGAGGCGACGGCGAGCAUGGGGAAUUUUCGCAAAUUUUGGAACACUCUAGAGACUCAAAUCCGAACAAAAAGUGUCUCGUUCAGAUCAUUCAGCCAGCUUUGAAUGAGUUGAUCUGUCCACCAUCAAUCACCAAUAGACCACUUGUAGUCAUUGUCCCAUAUCGAGGAGCUGCUUGCAUGACUGGUCAAGGAGAUAAAAGCGAAACGCAUUGGGAUGAAUAUCGUUAGGUGCUGGAGCAGGCUGCGUUGUUAUUGCUGCACUAUUGGAGCAACGAGAGAGGCAGUCCUUGCUAACAAUGGUACAAAGGUUCUUUUACAUCUUCUCCAACCAAGGAUCUAUCAGACACCUACAGCUCUUAUGUGGAUUUGAUUAUUAGUUUGAUUUGAUUAGCAAUGUCUAACACAAGGCAUGGUAACCACAGGGAUGGUUUGUCUGUUGGAAAAUCUAUAGCCUCCGGAUGCAAAGCUGCUGAUCUUGUCAUUUCUUAUCUGGAGUCUUCUACUGAUCAGCCGUGUGCUGAACAACAAGAGUUGAAAAAAUGAAAGUGCAUCCUUGUUACAUAGGACUCUCAAACUGUUGGAAGAAUCAGCAUCCAGCAUCCAUUAUCUGUCAAACCUACAUGUUCAAGUACGAUGGUGUACACGGCCAGUGGAAGCACCACGAUAUUAAGGUUAAGGACGGCAAGACUCUUCUCUUUGGAGAAAAAGCAGUCGCCGUUUUCGGUACUAGGAACCCGGAGGAGAUCCCAUGGGGAGAGGCUGGAGCUGAGUAUGUGGUUGAAUCCACUGGAGUUUUCACUGAUAAGGACAAGGCUGCUGCUCAUUUGGAGGGCUGUAAAAGAAGAAGUAAAAACAUCAUAACACAUCACAGAGAUGGAGGGAAGGAGGUGGAAUUAAAUGGAAAGAUUUUGAUCGGGGAAUUGAAGAGGGGAAGAUUUUGCGUCCUGGCGAAACAGGUGAUGAAAUCAAUAACCUUUGAAAAGGUUCAUUUAGUAAUCUCUGGAUCAACGGUGAAUUAUCAAACAAUCUCUCCUGAAUCUCACAUCUCAUUUUUUAAACCCUCUAAAAAAGUCAAAAGAAAAGGGUAUCAUUUUAGAAAAAUUUUCCAUAGUUAAAUUUGAAUUUAGUACCCUUGUUCUAACACGAUAAAAUAGUAUCAUGUUCAAUUGCAUGAGACUUCUGUCUCCUAUGGAAAAGCCAAAGAGGCAGAGUAUCAUGUUGCAUAUCAUGUUGCAUGAGACUUCUGCCUUGCCUCCUGUGGAAAAGCCAACGAGGCAGAGUCUCAUGUUGCAUGAGACUUAUGUUGCAUGAGACUUCUGCCUACGGUGGAAAAGCCAAAGAGGCAGACGAAAUAAUAAAGACGGACGAAACAACCUGCGCGGCUUGGUGGCUUGGGUUGAUGAAACCCAUGAAAAAUUAUGGGUGUUUUUUGUAUGGCGGUGAUAUUUUGUAUAGGGGUGUUUUUUGUAUGGCGGUGAUUUUUUGUAUAGGGGUGUUUUUUUGUAUGGCUGUGAUCUUUUGUAUAACCCAUCUAGGGGUGUUUUUUUUGUAUCAACCCAUUUAUGAGUGAUUUUUUUGUAUAAAGUGAUUUUUUUUUAUCAACCCUAACCCAUUUUUAGCCGUUUUUUCCUGUCUUUGUUAAGCUUGGGUCUACGAAGAAACCCAUUUUUUUUUUACGGGAUGUAUGGGUGUUUUAAAGCUGUUGUUGUUCGAUUGAACGACGCGAACAACAACAGCACCCAGACACAGACCCAAGCUUAACCAAUGACAGGAAAAACAGCUAAAAAUGGGUUAGGGUUCAUACAAAAAAAAUCACCUGAGUUCGAUACAA